AUGCCGCUGUAUAUGCCAAAUGAAUCUGCGAUAGUUCCUGGGUCGAUUGCGCAUAUUGCGUUGGACGAUCCUUUAGAGCCGUCUGAUACUGCUGCUAUAUUGCAGUUUACAGAAGCUGAGCUUGACCCUGAGCUGCAGUUUGACGGUGCGGCUCAGAAUGCGUUGGUGGUCCACAAUAUAACGGCAUGUUCUGAUUUUGGUGUUCCUCUUGAUUUAGAUGAGGUAGUGCGUUGUUUGGGUAAUUCAGUGUAUGAGCCGCAAGAGUUUUACUGUGCAAGGGUUGACGUUCGUGUUCGGGCAUCUUUGUGUUCCGAUAUUCAGAUACCUCAUUCUAAAGGUUUUUAUGGCAUCGAAGAUAUUGAGGUGACAAGUGCGCCACGUAAUCCUAUAUUAAAGUCGCUUGUACCCCGUCGUUUUCCUAAUGUGAGUGAGCGUCAUGUAGAGCGUUACGGUGCUCAAGCUGAAUUCAGUACUCUGAAAGCUUCUCUGUUUAGUAACGGGAAAGUAUCUGUGACUGGUGGUAAGAGUAUGUUAUCUAUAGCUGUGGGUUUGUGGAAAUUGUGUCGUGCUAUCCGUAAACGUAUAAACAAGCGAGCUGUUGUGCGUGGUUUUACUGCUACUAAUAUAUUGGCGGUCUACCAUUAUCCUUAUCAAUUGGUUUUGCAAACAUUGGAGAAGCUAUGUAAGGGUGCUGUGUAUGACCCUUUUCGUUUUGCUGGUGUGAGGUUGAGGGUCCCUAUAAAGUCGACGAUGUAUGCGUACGAUGUCCGUGGUACUAUAUUAUCGUCCCUUGGCAAGGGCCAGUAUAUGAUGCGUCGAGCUUUGGCGCCGCCAUCAGCGAAUGCUGGUAAUGGAGAUGAUAGUGACGAGUUUGAGAAUAUGUCAGAGGGUGCCAAUCCCGUGUCACUAUUCGGCCAGGGCCAUGUGCAGCCUCCUGUAAGUGGUGUGAGUGCCGUUUCUUCAACUAGGACGACUAGUAAUGCUGUUGUUUCUAAGGUUGUACCACGUCAAUCUCGUCUUAAGGGUAACUUGCGUCGUUUAAUAAACGACGCUCUUCCUUCUGGUAAACGUCGUGUUCACCAGGGUUCUUCUAUAUCUGCGGUUGCUCCUAAGAAGUUACGUCCUAUAGACUGCGGUGCGGGUAACCGUGUUUGGUGUAACAAUAAGAAGGAGCCUACAAUAGAGCCUGAAUGGUCUAAGGAGGAGGUGGUUACUGUGAAUGUGUACACCACUGGUAACGUGAUGUUUACCGUAUUGAUGGCGAGCGGUAUUGGUGAGGUUAAUACCGCAUCGCUGGUUACAUCCACGGAGGGGAUUCCACAAUGUGCGACAAACGCUGGCCCUUUGGACGCUCCUUCUGAUUGGGAGGAGCGUUUGAAUGAGGAGUUUGCAGCUUUGAUCCAUUAUGUUGAGGAGAACAAGGCUAAUGACACCGAAUGGUUUAAAAUAGACUGUAAUGAUCAGGGUACCAAGUGGUUUGGUGAAUGUUGGCACGUUCAUAACAUGAAAACAUAUCGGUUUCGUUUGGAGAUAAAUAUCCCAGCGGCGUACCCUAACGCUCCACCAGACAUUGUGUUACCAGACUUGGAUGGCAAGACUGCUAAGAUGUAUAGAGGUGGUAGUAUUUGUCUCGAUGCCCAUUUCGCUCCUCUGUGGCAGCGUAAUGUCCCUAAAUAUGGGUUAGCUCAUGGUCUUGCUUUAGGGCUUGCGCCAUGGCUGGCUAGUGAGGUUCCUCAGCUGGUAUCAGUUGGUGUUUUGGAGCCUUGA